CUGAGUUUAGUUUCAUCAUUUUGGUUGGACUCAUAUAAAUGAAGACUUUCGGCUUGAAAAGUUCAUUUAAAAGCUCUGCGAUUUGGUGUAUCAUAUUUAGCAGUGUUUUACGGAGAGCAACGUCCAGCAUGCCCUGCACAGAACAUUACAUGAUUUGGAAGUCAGGUCACGUGGAGGCGUACCUGCAUCCUUCUCCAUGGACACCAGGGGUCACUGUUGUCACCCACAACCCGCCUAAAACACCAAGCAGCCUUUUCCACCUGUCCGACUCCUCCUUCCUAAGCCUUCUCCUGGGAGCACGGGCGGUCAGCCAUCUCCUCUGCAAACGCCUCAGCGUCCAGCGCUGCGCCCUCGUCCACAGACCCACUUGUGAUGACAGCACGCCUGCAAAUCUGCUGCUUCUCCCCCUUCAUGGUUUGGAGGACGUGUGGAAGGCGCAUCUCGCUCCUGAGGAAGACUUUCAACCCUACGAUCCUGGUUAUAUCACUUCCAAAAGCGGCCCACGCUGGGCUGAUGUCAAUCUGGAAGCUGUUAAGGACAAAAUCCGUGCAAAGCUGCCUUUUCCAGACACCCCUUUUAACUACACAUUCCUUGGAGAAGCGUCACACCCAGGAUUGUUUUCUCGCAUCGUUCGAGGAGAGGAGAAGCAGUGGAGGGUCUGGGAGGACGAAGGCCACGUUGCCUUUCUCACACCGUUCCCUAACACUCCAGGUCUAACUGUGGUGAUCCCACGCAAACCGCUCACAAGCGACAUCCUCCGCCUAGAGGAAGGGGAUUACACUGACCUGGUGCUGGCAACCCGAAAGGUCUCAAGGCUCUUGGAGGAUGCGCUGGGAGCGUGGGGAGUAGGGGUUAUAUUUGAGGGGUUUGAGAUUGACUAUGCUCACACUAAGCUGAUUCCCCUGGUUUCCUCACCAGGCAAUGGGACACAGAGCGCUGUGUGUUCAGUACCAGAGUUUUUUGACGUGUAUCCCGGGUUUGUAAGCUCAGCUAAAGGACCUCCGGCCAGUUUCGAACAAUUACGACAGAUCCAUAACAAAAUUACUAAAACAUUAUAGAACUGAUGUUAAAUUUCAUAUAUAUAUAUAUAUAUGUGUGUGUUUUUAUUUUUAAAAAAUAUUUGUAG